AUGGAAAAUCACUCCACAUCAAAAUCACUUCCCCUCCUCACUCUCCACCUCAUCAUACUCCUUUCCUUCGCCCUCGUAAAACCUGGGUCGUCGUGCCACCCAACCGACAAACAAGCCCUCCUCGAGCUCAAGAAAAUGAUAAUCAACGACCCGUAUAACCUCCUCUAUACGUGGGGCCCAAACAUAGACUGCUGCAAAGCAUUUGAGGGAGUCUCGUGCGACGGCAAAACGGGUCGGGUCGUUAGCCUCGCCAUCUUCUCGGAAUUUGACCCAGCAGACUAUUACAUGUCAGGAAAUCUCUCCCCUUUCCUCGGCAACCUCACUUCCCUCCGAAUCCUCGACCUCAGCAACCUCAAAUACCUAAGUGGGCCCAUCCCGACCGAACUCGGCCGCCUGGUUCACCUGAAUUACAUGUUCCUCAACAAAAACAACCUCAGCGGCCCAAUUCCCGCCACCUUACGGAACCUGGCCUCUUUACAAAAAUUGACUCUCGACAACAACAUCCUUGCGGGCCAAAUCCCAUCCGACCUUUUCAUCGACAUGACCUCGCUGACGGUUUUGGGCCUCUCGUCCAAUACAUUUUCCGGCCCGAUACCUCCGUCGGUCUGGAAAUUGGCCUCGCUUGCCAACCUCGAUCUCCACAGGAACAAAUUCUCGGGAAAUGUGCCCGAAACAAUCGGCGCGCUCAAAAAUCUGACGUACGCUGAUUUUUCCAGCAACUGGAUGACCGGAAAAAUCCCGGAGUCCAUUGGCAGACUUCAUUUGCUCGUUGUUUUGUACCUCAACAACAACGGCUUCACUGGAGAAAUACCUUUCUCCAUCGGCGAGCUCAGAUCACUGAAGGUUAUCAGUUUGUCGGAAAAUCAUCUGACAGGGCAGAUAACCCCGUCGAUCGGGAACCUGGCGAGGCUCAAAAGCCUGCCUUUGGAAAACAAUCAGCUUAGUGGAACACUACCUGAAACACUAGGCCAACUCAUUAGCCUAGAAAACAUUAAUUUCUCUAACAAUCGUUUUACAGGAACAAUUCCUUCCAGUUUGGGAAAUCUGAAGAAGUUAGAGAGCCUAGAUUUAUCAAGAAACAAACUUUCAGGCCAGAUCCCAUAUACAUUCCUUAAAUUGAAGCUCCUACAUAUUCUUGAUCUGUCUUUCAAUCCUCUAGGACUCAAUAAAUUUCCCGAUUGGCUUAAAAGUCUAAGCCUUUAUGAACUGCGGCUCGCGAGCACAGGACUCGAGGGAGAACUGCCCAACAGCUUGUCUUCAUUUCUUCCCUAUAUGUUCUUGAUUUAUCGAGUAAUUCCCUAA